CAGUCGCCACACUGCACGUAAAGCGUGGACUGAAAGUAACCUACCCCCCCCCCAAAAAAAAAGCUCUUACUCCACUCCGAUUAAAGAGUGACCGGUGCACGACGGAUAGCACGUUCUUCUCGCAGCUCGCCGGGAGCUGUAACGUGUGUAGAGAUUUGUUUUACUCCCAAUAGCAUUCACAAGAGUAACGUUAUUAGGAGGAGGGGUGAAAUCUUCGCUCCGCGACGAUGACUGCAGAGGAGCAGACGAGUGAAGGACAGCACGCCAUCCCGAUGGAGGGGGAGGACAUCACGCCGAAGAAGGACGGCGGCGUGUUAAAGCUGGUGAAAAGGGAAGGAACGGGCGCGGAUCUGCCCAUGACCGGCGACAAGGUCUUCGUGCAUUACGUGGGCACGCUUCUGGAUGGCUCUCCGUUUGACUCGAGCAGAGACCGAGGAGAGAAGUUCUCCUUUGAGUUGGGCAAAGGUCAAGUGAUAAAGGCAUGGGACAUCGGUAUAGCCUCCAUGAAAGUGGGGGAGCUGAGCCAACUCAUCUGUAAGCCCGAGUACGCUUAUGGAUCUGCAGGCAGUCCCCCCAAAAUACCCCCCCAUGCUACACUAGUUUUUGAGGUGGAACUGUAUGGAUUUCGAGGCGAGGACAUAACGGAGGAUGAGGACGGUGGGAUCGUCCGUCGCAUUAUCACUAAAGGGCAGGGAUAUUCCAAGCCCAAUGAAGGCGCUUCUGUUGACGUAACUGUCGUGGGUUCCUGCGAGGGACGAGUGUUUGAUGAGAGAGAGCUAAAGUUUGAGCUCGGCGAUGGUGAGGGCCUGGGCUUCCCGGUCGGCGUUGAGAAGGCGAUCAUGGUUAUGGAGCAGGAAGAGGAGGCCCUCUUCUAUAUUAAGCCCAAAUAUGGCUUUGGGAAUGAAGGCAGUGCCAAGUACAACAUUCCUGGCGGAGCAACACUCCAAUACAAAAUCAAGCUGACGGCUUUUGAGAAGGCUAAGGAAUCGUGGGAGAUGAACACAGCCGAGAAGCUGGAGCAGAGCCGCAUUGUCAAAGACAAGGGAACCCAGUAUUUUAAGGAGGGAAAGUACAAGCAGGCGUCGGUGCAGUACAAAAGGAUCGUGUCGUGGCUGGAACAUGAAUCUGGGUUGUCGGAGGAAGACCAAGAGAAGGCAACCACCUUGCAAUUGGCCGCACACCUGAAUUUAGCCAUGUGCUUCCUUAAACUACACGAGCCGAAUCAAGUCCUAGAAAAUUGUGACAAGGCUCUGGGGUUGCAAGCAUCUAAUGAGAAGGCUUUGUUCCGAAGGGGAGAGGCACUGUUUGGUAUGAAGGAGUACGACAGAGCGAGAGAUGACUUCCAGCAGGUGGUUCAACUCUAUCCUGCCAACAAGGCUGCCAAGAGCCAGGUGAAUCUUUGUCAGAAACGUAUCAAGGAGCAGCAUGAGAAGGACAAACGCAUCUACGCCAACAUGUUCCAGAAGUUUGCAGACAGGGAUUCAAAGAAAGAAGCAGACAAUGUGAAGAGCGAUGGCAAGACGAGCGGCGAUGACGGCAUGGAAGUUGAGAACGGAGAAAAGGAAGCUGCCAGUGACUCAAAGGCGUAGAUAGACACGACCAGACGGUUCAUCGGUGCUUCAGACUUUUGUAACUUCAGCUAUUUGUGUUUUUGUGCGUGUGUUUACGUGCGUGCGUGUGCGUGCGUGUGCGUGCGUGCGUACCAGCCUAUCAACAAGUGCACCGGCUUAAGGAGCGUCUUCGCUGGCUUUCUGUGUCCCCGGGUUCUAUUGCUUUGGUGGGUGGAGCUUCUCCAGCUGAUGGCAGCAUUCAAGGUGGUUUUAAUAAAUGAAUAGUGUGCCACGACGUCCCCCACCUCUGAUCCCUCUCAACCCAACAGCUUUGAACAGUGCAUGCGUUUUUUCGGUAGGAUAAAAAGUGCAUCCAAGUGUUAAUGCAGAAUUUCACCCGUUAAGGGCUAGACCAUUCAUCUCGCUCAACCCCCCCCUCCCUCUGCCCUUCAUGUUUUCUGCCAUCCAUCGAACACUCCUCACGGGGCUACUGAUCAUGAUGAUGGUUGUGUGUACUUGUGUCUGAAUGUGAGCGCGACUGAGUCCUAAAGUACAUAUGUAGGACCACUGUGGAUAGGUGGAGUAAUACGAAGUUAACCUGGAAUAGCUGUUGAACUUUGAACUUUCCUCUCGAUCUAAAGAUGGCGCUCCUCCGUAGCCCCCGGGUUCCAUGACUGUUUACCUUUUACCUUGGAAAUAUUGACUGUACUUUUUUCCCGGUGUUGUGCUUCUGACUUUUGUUCUAAAAAUUAUAAACAAUGACUUUUAACUGGAAUAUGUGGAUUUCAAAGCAGCUACAAACGGAAUGAAUUAGCCUGUCCUGGACACACGUAAUAAAACAGUUGGUAUUAAUGUACUGUCAAAGAAGUAGAUGAAUGCACGUGUGCUUGUACAGCCAAUCGAAAUCAGGCUGUUGAAGACUGUAUGCCAGAACACGAAUACGAGCCCUGUGAGCCCAUGUAGGACAACUGGUCUGUGGGUGUUCUGUGUUGAGCUCAUGUCUUUUGGAAGGUUUGAAAGAAAGGUGUAAUAAAUACCUACAAUUUGAUACUGUA